UUUAUACCGGGGUACCGCGGCGGCGGCGGCAGGCCAAAGCAAUCGAUGCGGACCGGCGGUGCGGCGGCCGGCCUUGGUGGGCGCAGUCGUGAGCAAUCGAGGCCAGAGCGACGGCAUGCAGCGAACAUGGCGGCAGACAUGACGACGGGCGGGCCCCGGCGGCGCCUGGUACACCUGGACCUGAAGGGCGCCCCUCCCCGCGCCGCCUACCUGGCGGAGGUACUGCCGCUGCUCCGCGCCUUGGGCGCCAGCGGGCUGCUGCUGGAGUACGAGGACACCUUCCCUUACGCGGGGCCGCUGGGGCCGCUGCGGGCCCCGCACGCCUACAGCCCCGGGGAGGUGAGGGCGGUGCUGAGCCAGGCCCGGGCGCAGGGGCUGGAGGUGGUGCCGCUGGUGCAGACCUUCGGGCACAUGGAGUUCGUGCUGAAGCACAAAGAGUUCGCUCAUCUCCGGGAGGUGAAGGUGUUUCCCAAUGCCCUCAACCCGCACAAGGAGGAGUCGUUGGCCCUGGUCAAAGCCAUGAUUGACCAAGUCAUGGCACUGCACAAAGACUUGAAAUGGUUUCACAUCGGAUGUGAUGAGGUCUACUACCUCGGCGAAGGAGAGGAGUCAAAGCAGUGGCUGCAGCAACAAGACAACACUCCGGAGAAGCUGUGCUUAUCCCACAUAAAAGCAGUUGCAAGUUGUGUGGCCUCAUCGUACCCCAGCGUGACGCCCAUCGUGUGGGAUGAUAUGCUGAGAGGGAUAAGUGAGGAAACACUGGCAGAGUCUGGGGUCCCGCAGCUUGUGCAGCCGAUGAUCUGGGACUAUGCAGCAGACCUGGACGUGGAGGGCAAAGUGCAUCUCAUAGAGAAGUAUCGUAGAUGUGGCUUCUCCAAGGUGUGGUUUGCUAGUGCUUUUAAAGGAGCUACGGGAGUGAAUCAGUCUCUAACGCUUAUUGGACACCACUUAAAAAACCAUCUUCAGUGGCUGAAGGUGGCAAGCAAUAGCCCCGCUGAUGUCCUUGAAGGUAUCGCCCUGACCGGCUGGCAAAGGUAUGAUCACUUCUCUGUUUUGUGUGAGCUUCUCCCUGUGGCAAUUCCGUCCCUGGCUGUGUGUCUGCAGGCACUGGAGAACGGUGGCUAUUCUGAAAAGACUAAAGAAAAUGUGGAAAAGCUCCUGGGAAUGUCCAACCUGGAAACUGAAACUUUCAUGAGCACGAGCCUGGGCACCUUUCCUGGGAGCGAUAUCCUUACGCUUGUGACGCAAGUUAGUUUCUACCUCAAGUCAUCAGUGGAUGAACUUCUAGAGAGGAACAGAUACGUCACAGGCUGGUUCAGCCCCUACCACAGAAAAAGGAAGAUUAUUCAUCCUAUAAUAAUGCACCACUUCCAGCCGGAUGCAGUAAGUCUCCUCUCCAAGUGGAACGCCGUGGUGCAAGACCUCCAGGCAGCCAUGCAGCAAGUUUUCCACGACUGCACUGUGGAGGAGUGGAUGGAGGAGAACGUCCACCCCAGCCUCCAGAAGCUGCAGCAAGUGGUGGAUGAUUUAGAUAAAGCAAUAAAAGCACAAAAUUAGGGGCGUUUCAACUCCUCUGUCUUAUUCCGUGGGAAAACGUGGCUACCGGAAAUCUGCAACUAGGCAUGUAGCAAGAGUUUGUCAUCUUGAGAGUUGAAUCAAGAACUGUGAUUAAAGAAAAGUGACCUGAAGGCAUAAAGGAAUUUAUUAGCGUAGUAGGCUUCAACUCUGUUUUAAUUUUCCUGUCUUAACACGUUGCUGAGCCUUAAAUCACCUGCCCUGUAAGUCAGAUUUACUCCUUGUGCAUAACAGCACAGGAGUGAGUCAGAACUCAGCUGUAUUACAAGGCAGGAGAAAAAAAGUUUCUUCCAAAUCAAGUGUUUGUAGUAAUAGACUUUCUUAAAUUAUGGUGACCUGGAGAAGUUCCACAAGUUCUACUCUAGUCAGUAGCCAGCGUGUCCUCCCUUUGCAAUUUUGAAAUGCAUAAAGCCAUUGGGCCUAAAUCACGCUUUGAUUAGCUUCCGAUCAGGAAAUCACCAUCCGGCUUUUGGCCGAAGUCGGAGCAAGGACCUGCUGCCUGGAUGCUCCCUGGGGUGCAGCAGACUCUGACAGUGACAGCACAGCGCGAGGGAGCUCCAGAAAAGGGGCUUGUUACCAACAGUGAAGGGGAGACCUGGACUUUGAGGGAAAACUGCCUCAGCACAUGGGGCUGCUCGGCCGUUCCCCAAAGCACCACCCAAGCCAAGCCCAGUUUCACGCCCACAGAGAAGCCCCAUCCCAGUCACUUCAUGGCAUCUACUUUGCUCUGCAAACCCUGCCUGAGACCACAGGUCUGUCCACAUCUGAAGCACGACUGAAGUCUACUGAAUAUGAGGAAAAAGUGAUGGUUUAUUCUGCUUUAAUGAUGAACUUUUAAUAGUGCAUAGCAAUAUAUUUUGUGGACUUAACUGGAGCGUUAAGAUAAUCACAAUGGAAAAUCAUUCCAGGCUGGUGAAGUACACUACUUUGCCAUGACUAAUAAAAACGUUCUUUACUUGUUUGCUUCAUUUAUUGCUUUCUUAAAAGCCUUAUUUCGGAAGCACAAGUACCAAUAUUUUCUUGGAACAAUCUAUUAUAAAGAGAACAGGUGUAAAUACAGAAAGUACAAGUAGUGCAGCAUAAGACAAAUUUUAACUUGUUUAAUGAGAGCUACAGGAGUUAGGUCCACAUGCAAGUUUUUAUCUAAAAAAGAAUCAAUUGCUAUGUACACUUUAGUGACAAAAUUCACAUACCUUGAAC